CCUUGGGAAGGGAGGUGGCAAAACCUGUUUGAAGGUGAGGUUCCCUCCCUUCUACCCCUUCCUUCUGAGGCAAGAGCAACAACAGCUGAGAGAGAAAAGGGUACAGAAGUGCUGGGGAGCUGGGACCACCGGCUGCCUAGAAGUCCAGGUGUGUAAAGGAGACAGGAAGAUUUGGGAAGAUGGAAACUAUAGUGGAGGCAGGAGAAAAGACAUUGGAUCUCGGAAUGCAGAAGCGACAGGACUAGGAGCACCGCUGAGACUCGAGGGACUGGAUCUGAAGGAGGAAUGGCAGGAUGAAGAAUUCCCUAGAUUGCUUCCUGAAGCAGCUGACCCUUCCGAAGAUACUGAUAGUCCUGAAAGUGACUCACAGGCAGGUACCCCCAGCACGUUAGCCCUGUGUGGCCAGCGCCCCAUGCGUAAGCGUCUUUCUGCCCCAGCGUUGCUACUGAAUCUGACGAAAGGGCCGGGAGAUAAUGGAGCUUCUCCUCUCCACUCUGUACCUUCCUCUCCCGGUGGCAGUUCUGACCUGGAAGUAGACGAAUUAGAGACACCUUCAGACUCGGAGCAGCUGGACAGUGGACAUGAGUUUGAAUGGGAAGACGAGCUGCCCCGGGCAGAGGGCCUGGGGGCCAGUGAAGCCGCUGAAAGGCUGGGCCGGGGUUGCAUGUGGGAUGUGGCUGGAGAAGACGGUCAUCGCUGGAGGGUGUUCCGCACAGGCCAGCGGGAGCAGCGAGUGGACAUGACGGUCAUUGAGCCCUAUAAGAAAGUGCUUUCCCAUGGAGGUUACCAUGGUGAUGGCCUCAAUGCUGUCAUCCUCUUUGCUUCCUGUUAUCUACCCAGAGGCAGCAUCCCCAACUACACCUAUGUCAUGGAGCACUUGUUUAGGUAUAUGGUGGGAACUCUGGAGCUCCUGGUAGCUGAGAAUUAUCUGCUUAUUCACUUGAGCGGAGGUACCAGCAGGGCCCAAGUUCCACGUCUGAGCUGGAUACAGCAGUGUUACCGGACUCUGGACCGGCGGCUCCGGAAAAACCUGUGUGCCCUGGUGGUUGUCCAUGCCACGUGGUACAUGAAGGCGCUCCUGGCACUGCUUCGGCCCUUCAUCAGUUCCAAGUUUACACGCAAGAUCCGUUUUCUGAACAGCCUGGGAGAGCUGGGCCAGCUCAUCUCCUUGGAUCAAGUCCACAUCCCUGAAGCUGUCAGACAGCUGGACCAGGAUCUCCAUGGCUCAGGAGGAACCUAGCAUAGGACUGGAAUAAAGGGCCGGAGAACCAAGCAAAGAUAUCCAUCUGCCUACACCGGAACCCUGAAACCCUGAAACGUGAGCUAUUGUGUAAACAUCUCCUUCACUCCCAGGACCAGUGGAUCUUCACAUCUCAGUGGCGUGUCAUUCCUUCCGUGACUCUGCCUUCAAAACAGGGCUGGUCUGGAACCUGAUCUGCUGGGUGACUUUGAUUUCAGAAGUAGGGGUGCACAUGGUGGCAUUUUGUAUGCGAAAGUGCAAGGCUGGGGGUCUGAGUCCUGCUUUAGCUGUAGAACCAUCAUCUCUGAGUCAGAAAAGGGCUGUAAUCCUUUCCCCCUGGGUGUGGUAUUCUAGCCAUAGGGUGAAGGUGAAGGGUGGUGGGUGGGGAGGGCUUGGCCAGGAGUCCCUCCCUAAAUCUGGAAGGGCCGCUGUGUGCCCCCCUUUCCUUUUUAGCCAUAUCUGCUGCCUAUGAGCCCCGGGAAGGCGUGUUUUCAAAACCUGUCCUUCUGUCCUCUUGAGUCAAUUCCGAUUUGGAGCGCUUAAUAAACUGCGAUGAGAGGUUUAAGCUCUGCACCG